UGCUGCGCUUCUUCAGUUUUCCUGAAUACACUGAACAAAAGGCUUGUUGCGGAGUAUUGUGUGCGAUAAAAGUGGGUCGCCGAAAGCUAAAAGUCGAUUUUCAUCGGCUGAGCAAUGGCUGAUGCCCCAAUGCCUGCACCAAACCAGAUACAAGACAACAGUAUGAGUUCUGACAUGAAUCACCCAGGAACAGGACCUAGUGGUCCAUCAGGAACAGGACCAGUGCAGGGAUAUGAUCAAGGAGGAACAGGCCCUGGUAUGCAGUCACAAGGAGGACCUAUGCCUAGUCCCAUGCAGGGAGGGCCAAGCCACAGCCCCAUGAUGACGCCAAGUCCAGGCCCAGGAAUGUCCGGACCAAGUCCCAGUCCUAUGCAGCAAGGGCCUGGCCCCAUGGGAGAUAAUAAUAUGAUGCCACCAUCGAUGAGCCCCAUGCAGGGGGGUCAGGGGCAUAUGAUGCCCCCACAGGGACCACCAUCCAUGGGAGGUCAUGUGCCUUCCUCUGGUCCAGGACCUAUGCCACCGUACCAGUCGCAGAUGAUGAAUCAGGGUCCCCGUCCUGGUCACAAUCCAAUGCCCCCUCCCAAUCAGGGCUACAUGGGAGGUCAGUACGGAGGUCAACAUGGUGGUCAGCAUGGUGGACAGGGAAUGAAUACAGGUGGGUCAAUGGGUGGACAUGGCAUGAUGGGGCCCGGACAGCAGUACCAAGGUCCCUCACACCAGGUCCCACCUCACCAAGGCCAAAUGCAUCAAGGAGGACCCCACCAAGGACCUAUGCAUCAAGGCCCACCACAUCAGGGACAGCCACAUCAAGGUCCACCGCAUCAAGGUCCCCCGCAUCAAGGUCCCCCACACCAAGGUCCCCAGCAUCAAGGCCCUCCACACCAAGGCCCACCACAUCAAGGCGGGCCUCACCAGGGCCCUCCCCAUCAAGGAUCAUCCCAUCAGGGUCCCCCGCCACAUCAGGGCCCUCCACACCAAGGUGCACCUCACCAGGGACCUAGCUCUCAUCAGGUACCCCCACACCAAGGUGGCUCUCACCAAGGUGGGCCACCCCAUCAAGGACCACCCAUGCAGGGCCAACAGGGCCAGCAACAACACCAGGUACCUCAACAUCCAACCAGCGGUCAUCAAGGUCCACCUCAUCAGGCUCCGACAUCGCAUUCUGGUCCUCACCAAGGAGGACCAUCUGUCCCUCACCAAGGAGGACCACCACCCGGUCCUUCUGGUCCACACUCUGGACCACAACACCAAGGUUCCAAGCCCAUCACAAGCCAAGGGAACAUGCCUGGUCAUGGACCUAUGCAGAACCAGCUAGAGCAUGGGCAGCGAGGUCCAAGCCCAGUGCAGAACUUCCCUAUGCAGAACUCUGGGCCAGGGCAAGGACCACAUGGACCACAGUCUCAACAGAUGAUGCCUAAUCAGAACUUCAACCCGAACAACAACUAUACCAUGCUGCAAAGAGCUCUGGAAACAAUGCAAGAGAAAGGACUCCAGAAUGACCCUCGCUACCCUCAGAUUGUAGCUAUGGCUAACAAAGCGAAGCAGUAUGCCCAUAUGCAGCAACCCAACAUGCCACCAUCUGGCAAUAUGGGUGGACCACCGGGAAGAAAUGGAGGUUAUAUGGAGGGCUCUGGUAACAUGCCUCCAUCAGGCUACCAGCAGCAUGGUCCCCAGCGGUCCAGGCCUAGCCCCUUCACACCGGUCCAGCUCCAGCAGCUGAAGGCACAGAUCAUGGGCUACAAGCUUCUCUCCCGUAACCAACCCAUGCCUGACCAUCUACGAAUGGCCAUUCAGGGACGCACGUCAAACAUGAUGCCUGGCUAUCAAUCACAAAUGAGAGGUCAAGGCCCUAUGCCUGGUCCGCAAGGCCAGAUGCACAUGCCAUCUCACAACUGGGGCAAUCAGCAACAACCAGGUAACCAACAUCGCAAGGGCAUGUCAAACAUGAGUGACAUGCUAUCCAGUCCCAGGAUGCCUCAUCAGAUGCAGCAGCAGCAGCAACAACCGCAGCAGUCGCAGCAAGGUUCCUUCCCUGGUGCUCCAGGGUCAUUCCCUGGACAGCAGUCCAGUGGGAGCUCCCAAACACAGCAGCCACUCCCUCCUCCCAAUUCCAAUAUCACCACCGUCGGGAUGCUCCUGGCCAAGCAGAAUCGUCAGGUGCCUGUCAACAAACCCAAGGGGUUGGAUCCUGUAGAGAUCCUCCAGGAAAGAGAGAAUCGAGUUGCUGCCCGCAUUUCCUACCGUGUCCAAGAGCUGCAAACCCUUCCCGGCAAUCUGCCCGAGGAUCUCCGUGUGAAGGCCACCAUCGAGCUCCGAGCCCUCCGGCUCCUCAACUUCCAGAAGCAGCUUCGCCAGGACGUGGUCGCCUGCAUGCGCAAGGACACCACCCUGGAAUCUGCCCUGAAUAUCAAGGCAUACAAGCGCUCCAAGAAACAGACCCUGAGAGAGGCCCGAAUCACAGAGAGGCUGGAGAGACAACAGAAGAUGGAGUUGGAACGCAAGCGCAGACAGAAACAUCAGGAAUAUUUGAGCAGUGUGAUCCAACACGCCAAGGACUUCCGUGAGUUCCAUCGUGGCAUACAGUCCAAGAUAUCUAAAUGUAACAAGGCUGUUAUGAUGUACCAUGCCAACACGGAGCGAGAACAGAAGAAGGAGAAUGAGCGGAUCGAGAAAGAACGUAUGCGUCGUCUCAUGGCGGAAGAUGAAGAAGGGUACAGGAAGCUUAUCGAUGAGAAGAAAGACAAGCGUCUUGCCUACCUGCUGACCCAGACUGACCAGUACAUCGAGAGCUUGACCCAGCUGGUCAGACAACAUCAAGACACCAUGAAAAAGAUGAAGAAAAAGAAGAAGAAGAAGGAACCAACUACCAGUGAAGCCCUCAAAGAAGGGCUUGUUGAUGAGAGCAGUCAGUCAAGUGACAUGCCAGUGACUGUGAUGAACCAAGAGACGGGUCAAGUGCUGUCGGGUGAGGCUGCACCCAGGGCUAGUCAGCUAGAGGCUUGGCUGGAGAUGAAUCCUGGCUAUGCUGUAGCUCCUAGAGAUGAGGGAUCUGAUGAGGAGGAUAGCGGGUCAGAAGAGGAAGAGGAAGAAGGAGAAGAGGAAGAGGAGAAGGAGGUACCAGCUCCAAUUGAAACAAAACAACCUGACCUUACAGGCAAAUCAGCUAAGGAGAUCAUACAGGAAUCUUCAGUGAACGAUGAUGAAUACAAGUCUGUAGAGCAAGCUGGUGGUGCAGGCUAUUACAACAUGGCCCAUUCCAUCAAUGAGAUUGUCACCUCACAACCUGAUAUGCUUGUCAAUGGAACACUCAAAGAAUACCAGGUGAAGGGUCUUCAGUGGCUGGUGUCUCUCUAUAACAACAAUCUGAAUGGAAUCUUAGCUGAUGAGAUGGGACUGGGUAAAACCAUCCAGACCAUUGCUCUUAUAUGCCAUCUGAUUGAGAGGAAGAAAGUCAAUGGACCAUUCCUCAUCAUAGUACCACUCUCGACCCUUUCCAAUUGGAACAUUGAGUUUGAGAAGUGGGGACCAGCCGUCAACAAGAUUGUUUACAAAGGUUCUCCUCAGGUCCGCCGUAGCCUAGCACUCACUCUGAGAUCAACCAAGUUCAACGUACUACUCACCACCUAUGAGUAUGUCAUGAAGGAUAAGGGAUUCCUUUCAAAGAUCCGAUGGAAGCACAUGAUUGUUGAUGAAGGCCAUCGUAUGAAGAACCAUCAUUGUAAACUGACUCAGAUUCUUAACACUCACUAUAGCUCACAUCAUAGACUCUUACUCACUGGUACUCCUUUGCAGAACAAGCUACCAGAGUUAUGGGCCCUGAUGAACUUCUUGUUGCCGAGUAUCUUCAAAUCCUGCAGUACCUUUGAGCAAUGGUUCAAUGCUCCCUUUGCAGCUACUGGAGAAAAGGUUGAGCUGAAUGAGGAAGAGACGAUCCUGAUUAUCCGUCGUCUUCACAAGGUUCUGAGACCAUUCCUUCUCCGUCGUCUCAAGAAGGAAGUAGAAUCGCAACUCCCAGAGAAGGUUGAGUAUGUGAUCAAAUGUGACAUGUCAGCUCUACAGCGACUACUGUACAGACACAUGCAAACCAAGGGAAUCAUGCUGACUGAUGGCUCCGAGAAAGACAAGAAGGGACGUGGUGGUACCAAGGCUCUAACAAACACUAUCAUGCAGCUCAGGAAAAUAUGUAAUCAUCCGUUUAUGUUCCAACAUAUCGAGGAAUCUUUCUCUGAGCAUCUUGGGGUGACCGGUGGAAUCAUCUCUGGCCCCGACCUGUACAGAGUGGCCGGAAAGUUUGAAUUGCUUGACCGUAUCUUGCCCAAGCUGAAGGCUACCGGUCAUCGUAUCUUGCUCUUCUGUCAGAUGACCACUCUGAUGACCAUCUUGGAAGACUUCUUUGUCUACAGAGGGUUCAAAUAUCUGCGAUUGGAUGGUACAACGAAGGCCGAUGAUCGUGGUACCCUCUUGCAAACCUUCAACGAAUUAGACUGCCAGUACUUCAUCUUCAUGUUGAGUACCAGGGCUGGUGGUCUAGGUCUUAAUCUUCAGACUGCUGAUACUGUCAUCUUGUUUGACAGUGACUGGAACCCUCAUCAGGAUCUGCAAGCCCAGGACCGUGCCCAUCGCAUCGGUCAGCAGAACGAGGUGCGUGUCCUUCGUCUGAUGACCGUCCAGAGCGUAGAGGAGAAGAUCCUUGCUGCAGCCAAGUGGAAGAUGAGCAUGGACAGUAAGAUCAUCCAGGCUGGUAUGUUCGAUCAGAAGUCUACAAACUCAGAGAGAAGGGCUUACCUACGAGCUCUGCUGGAGACAGAAGCUGAUCAAGACGAGGAGGAGAAUGAAGUUCCAGAUGACGAGACCGUCAACCAGAUGAUCGCUCGAUCCGAAGAGGAGUUUGAGAUCUACCAGCGCAUGGACAUCGAGCGUCGGCGCAACGAGGCCCGUGACCCUAACCGCAAGCCGCGUCUGAUGGAGGAGAACGAGCUCCCCAGCUGGUUGGUCAAGGAUGAGAAGGACGUUGAGAGACUGACCUUCGAGGAGGAAGAGGAGAAGCUGUUUGGACGUGGCUCUAGGCAGAGGAAAGAUGUGGACUACAGUGAUACACUCACAGAGAAGGAAUUCCUGCGGGCAAUCCAAGAUGGUAACUUGGACGAGAUCGAAGAGAUCAAGAAGGAGAAGAAGCGUCGCUACAAACGUAAGCGUCCCAUUGAGGAUGACGAUGAGCAAGAGAUGGAGGUAGAGAGAGAACCGGAGAGGGAGCAUCAUCAGGAGGUUGAGAAACCCAAGAAACGUAGAGGGCGCCCUCCAGCUGAAAAGCCAACUCCUAAUCCUCCGCACCUCACCAAACUUAUGAAGAAACUGGUAGAGGUCAUGUCCAAGUAUAAAGACAAUACUGGCCGUCCCCUGGCCCACCCGUUCAUGCAGCUUCCUCCCAAGCGUAUCCUCCCUGAUUACUACGAGCUCAUCACCAAACCCAUGGAUCUAAAGAAGGUCAAGGAUAGGAUCAGGCUGCACAAGUAUCGAUGUUUGGAUGAUCUUGAGAAGGAUACUGUUCUCAUGUUCCAGAAUGCUCAGAUAUACAAUCUGGAAGGCUCUCAGAUCUAUGACGAUUCCAUAGUUCUUCAUUCAGUCUUCACGACGGCUCGUAAAUGUUUGGAACAGACCGGUAGACUGCCCCCACAGCUAGGAGGAAAGUCAGAGAGCGAGAGUGAUAGCGACAGUGAUGACAAUGAAGAACCUGAGACCAAGAAACCCCGGGCCAAAGGUGGAAAGGGAAAAGGAGAAGACAAGGGGAAGAAACCUGUCAAGAGGGGGCGCCCACCCCGCAAGGCCGUCGUCAGUGAUGACGAUGACGACGAUGAUGACGAUGACGACAAUGAGGACGAUGAUGGCAAAUCUGAUCAGGAUAGUCAACAACAAAGUGAUGAUGAUGAUUCAGACACUGAUGAUAACACUCCAGAUACGUCCCGGGCUUCGUCUAGAGGUGCGUCCCCCGCUCCAGGCAAGAAACGCCAAACAAGCAAUUAGAACUAACCAAGCAAGUAAUGAGUAGGAUAUACAGAUGUAUUAAAAAAAACCCUCUCAAGCAUCAUGUAGAUAUGCCUAUCCCCGCUACAAGAAAAUAUUGAUUUAAUGUAGGUAAUAUUACUAUAAUAAGUUAUGAUAAUUGAUAAAAUUAGCUGCAUACCUUAAAAGAAAUUCUUGGAACAGGAAGCUAGUUUCGUGACCAUGCUUAAUCAUUUAUUUCUUUUGAAGUAAUCAUAUAUCAAUUUUUUUUCUUAACACAGGCCUGUUGAAUACUAUAUUGUUUCUGUUUGAAAUGGGUCGAUUUCAUAUUUUUCAUGGUACAAGCAAAUUUUGUCUACAUCUGUAAAUAAUUUAUGUAGUGAUGUAAUUCCUAUUGUAUUGUUAGUGCAUGAUUAUGACUGUAGUCGAAACUUGUUCAUCAGUAAACUCAUUUUGUAUUUAUGGUAACUGUUCUUUCAUUAAGUAGAUAUAGUAUGUUAGAAGUAAGAUUUAAGCAUGUAUUAUAAGUAAGGCAACCAAAAAGAAAAAGAAAGGACAAAUUUUGUGAUAUUCGUUUUUCUUCAGAAAUCGCUUCUGCAUUGGCAGAGAAAUACUGUUUACAGAUUAAAAUUGAAAGAUAUCUUUUCAUUAUUUUUGAAUUUCUAUGAAAGAAAAGAAGUUUGUAAACUUACAUUCAUCAUAAUUCAAAAAGUAUUAUGAACAUAAAAGCAUGGGUUGCACACAAUUCGUUUUUAUAAAAAUUAUAUAUUAACUGGUCUACCACUCAUUAUUUUAAGCACUUCAUUGGUUAUGUUUUUUAAGCUUGUAUCAAUGUCCACAUUUGUCACUUGAUUAGCAGUACAUUCCACUUGUGCAAAAUUAUGUUAUUGAUAUGACAUGAGUAAUAUGUAGGGGACAAAUUGUAGAAUUGAAUCUAGACUUCUGUUUUUAAAGCCACAAGACGUUUUGCAUCAGAUCUUGAAUGUUUUUUUUUUCUCAGCUUGUCUUAUCAGUCUGGAGCAUUUUUGAGACGGUAAAACUCAAGUUUAUUAACAUCUAAGGGCAAAUCCCCCCCCCCCCAAUAUGAGAAACCUUCCUGUAAUGCUUUAUCUCUAGCUUUUCUUGCUCUACUUUGAAGUUUUGAAUUGCUCUCAAAUUAUCAAGACUUCCUGAGUUAAGAGCUGCCUAGUAGUAUGGCUUUUCUGUAUUGAGUACUGAAAAAUGAGAAUACUGAUUUCCUCACCAAAAUACUGAUUUUCAGCUUUUAUAACUGAAAUGUUCUUGUUCAGGUUGGCACCUCUGAGUUAAUGUCAUGAAGAAUAGAGAAAUAUGGGGUUUAGACGUAGAAAAGGGUCAAUUAUUUCAUGGAAUUGCCACUCAUACACACUUAUGGGUAACACUUUUCUAUGGUUUUAAUCGGUUUGUAAGUAAAACUUAUACUGUUUCAAGAAAUAAGCCCAGUGCUAAAAAAAAACAAAGUAAGUUCGAAUGUGGAGAUAUGAGAAAGUUCAUAGAUGUUAACAUUGAUAGGCUGUGAUGUUGAUCAAUUGGAAUGCAUGUCGGUGUUGUAAUUCAACUGAUUUGCAAAGUGAUUUUGUAGUUGGCCUCGGUAUUUGAUCAGAAAUGGUGCCUUCAUAGCUCAUAAAUUAAUAUAACUUAUUUUUUAAUUCAGACUUUGAUCUUUUUUUUCUUGAUAUUAAAUUUGUGGUGAUGUUAUACUGGCUAAAGUAUGGGGAAAUGACAGGAUAUAAAAUAUUCAUCAGAAUAUGCAGUUUGCUUUAAUAUGACAGUGUAAUUAAUGAUAUAACCUUAAUUUAAUCACAAGGAUUUUUGUUUAUGAAGAAGCUUCUAAGUGUGUCAUGUAUCCAAGCUGUAAGAAUGUCAUGUGUUACCAUCGUAUUAGUAAGAAAAACCCCUAGAAAACGAGAAAGCAUGUAUUUUUGGAAUGAUAGGAGUGGUUUUGAAUGAAGAUAAUGGAGAUCUAACUUUAUGUUGCCUGCCUAAGGUUGAAAUUUGACUCUAAGUUGUUGAGGAGUAAAUGCUAUAUUUUUCUGUAUGACCUGUAGCAGUGUAUUGUAUUGACCAACAAUGUAUGGGUGGCGUGAUACGAGUGAUAUUACUGAAUAAAGGGAACACAUGCUGAACAUA